CCCAGUAUCACCUUACAUAUGGCUCAGUCCCCGUCGACAGUCUCGAACAUUGCCCCCUAGGCAGAAUUUUCUGUGUCUCACACGAGUACGAAUACUGGGUACAAAGCCACUGUAUCUUUGAACACGGUUCCAGCAAGAUAUGGCCACGCGCCGCUCUCAUCAAAAAUCACGUCAUGGAUGUAGCAAUUGCAAGCGAAGACGAGUGAAAUGUGACGAGAAACGGCCAUAUUGCCAAAAUUGCACUCAGCGUAAUGACACAUGCGUGUACAUGGCCCCGGCCCCCUUCGUGUUUGCGGGCAAAUCGGAGAGGUCGGCAAGAUCGUCGCCCAAGAUUACGCGUGAUACAAUAUCUUCAUCUGAGACCAGCAGCCCCGUCAAUAGCUAUGGCGCCUCUCCAUUGAACUUGGCCCAUUUAGAGCUUGAGCUCCAGUGGAUCACGCAUACACAUAAGCUUUUUGCAAGAGAUGAAGACACAAGAAAGGUAUGGGAGAUACCAGUGCUUCAAGAGGCACUAUGCAGUCCGUUCUUGAUGCACGGAAUUCUGGCUAUCUCUGCAUUGCAUCUUGCUUGUCUUUGUAAGGAUGAACGCCAAGCAGAGUGGAUCAGUAUUGCGAUCGCACACAAGAGCACGGCACUGGCUCUUUUCUCAGAACAGUUGCAUCACAUCGACGAAUCCAAUGCAAGAGCAAUGAUGAGUUUUGCAGGGAUUGCAGUCGUGUUCAGCUUUGCGAGCGCAAUUCAUUGCUCCGGCUUUGACGACGGACCUAGUCUCAAUGCCUUGAUUGAUAUUUUGAUGUUGGCUCGUGGAGUUCAAACAGUGGGUAAUCAAGCAAUGAAGUUUCUUCGAAACAGCAAUUUUGCGCCUCUCUUUGACAUUGCCAAUCCCGGAGCGACCGUCCCUGACGAUGUGCUUGCGGCACUCAAUACUCUCAGCGACUUAAAUAUUCAGUAUGGUCAGCAAGCGGAGGGCCACGAUGCAAAGUCCUACGAGCUCGCGAUUGGCACAAUGAAAGAGUUGGCUUCUUUUACCUAUGCAGAGCCAACUUCAUUGACCCUUGUGGGUGGGUGGGCUAUUCGAGCACCUCCAGCAUUUUUGGAAGGGCUCAAAAACCGCGAACCUUUGGCUUUGGUCGUGCUUGCACAUUUUUGUGUGUUCUUGCACAUCACUCGAGAAAACUGGUGUAUUGGAUCGUGGGGUCGACGUAUCCUUGGGGAAUUAGUGCUCAGCUUAGAUGCUGACUGGCAACGCCACAUAAAAUGGGCAGUGGUGCAAGUAUUGAGAUGA